GAAAAAAGAAAAAAGAAAAAAGAAAGAAAGAUUUCUUCUCGACGGUUCAUGAAAAAAGCAGAGGAAAGGAAGUCGAAGAAAUUCCUCCAUCGCCGACGACGACAUCGAUUCAAAAUCGCCAUCUCCUCUCUAUACAAAGCGAAAAGUUUCAGGCUUUACCAGGAAACCCUAGAUGAAGAUGAUAGAGAUUUAUUCCUCUCUAAUUUCUCGCCGAUAGAAAUUCAACAGUAGCCCUAGGUCUCCAAAACAAUCCUUUUUAUGGAGCCACUUCAAUUUUCUCAAAUCCCAACGUAUUCUCCAUCACUCAUCAUGAAUCAACAAUUCUCUCCUCCUCCGUCACCGUCCAGCGAUUUCGAACAGACUUGGUAUGGAAACAUGCAGUAUCUGCUAAACAUCUCGGCGAUCGGCGCCAUCACAUGCGUUCUCGUUUUCAUACUCGUCAAGCUCCGUAGCGACCAUCGUAGCAUGCCUGGUCCGACUGCCAUCGCCUCUAAGCUUCUCGCCGUAUGGCACGCUACCUGCAACGAAAUUGCACGUCACUGUGGCGCCGAUGCAGCUCAAUUUCUUCACAUAGAAGGCGGAACUUGCGCUGUUCUUCUCUGCAUUACGUUGCUCUCUUUGUGCGCCGUUCUGCCAUUGAAUCUGUACGGUGGUGAUGCCCCAAUGAAUGACCAGUUCUCAAUGACUACCGUCAACCACGUUACAUCAGGUUCGCCAAUUCUCUGGGUGCAUUUCUUUUUUGUUGUGAUCAUUGUCGUUUUGGCACAUUAUGGAAUAAACGGAAUUGAAGGGAGAUUGAGGAUUACUAGGUUUAGGGAUGGCAAUGGGAAUCCUAGUGUAUCUAUUGAGAAUUCAACAGCCAUUUUCACUAUAAUGGUCCAGGGAGUACCCAAAACCUUAGGGUUCAAUAAAACUCCUCUACUUGAUUAUUUCCAGCAUAAAUAUGUGGGUAAAAUAUUCAAAGUCAUCGUGCCGAUGGACUUGUGUGCUUUAGAUGAUUUAGUUACUGAAUUGGUUACUGUUAGAGAUGACAUAUCAAAACUUGUGGUGAGAAUCCAGUCAAGACUUCGAAUGAAUGGGGGCGAGGAUGUUGAUAUUGAAGGGAAUCAUCCUGUAGGAUUAUGGAACAAGGCAUGUUUAUUGUGGAAAAGAUCACAGGAUUGGUUUUACCAGAUUAUAAGCGAGUUGGGUUUCACAGAGGAAGAAAGGUUGAGAAAAUUGCAAGAACGAAGAGCUGAUUUGGAGACUGAAAUGGCAGCAUUCAAGGAAGGCCGAGCAAAAGGUGCUGGGGUUGCGUUUGUGGUAUUUAAAGAUGUGUACACUGCCAACAAAGCUGUCCAGGAUCUGAGGAAUGAGAAGAAGAGGAGGGUUGGCAAGUUCUUCUCUCUUAUUGAGCUGCAAUUACAGAGGAACCAUUGGAAAGUUGAACGUGCUCCCUUAGCAACUGAUAUAUACUGGAAUCAUUUAGGUUCCACUAAGCUUUCAAUGAAACUACGUAGGCUAUUUGUGAACACGUGCCUACUUUUACUUCUUCUGUUCUUCAGUUCUCCUCUCGCAGUCAUAAGUGCCAUCAAGAAUGCGGGGCGAAUCAUCAAUGCAGAAGCAAUGGACAAUGCAGAAAUGUGGUUAGCCUGGGUUCAAAGCUCAAGCUGGCUAGCCACUUUAUUUUUUCAGUUUCUUCCAAACGUCCUCAUCUUUGUGAGCAUGUAUAUAGUCAUUCCAUCUACACUUUCUCAUCUGUCAAAGUUCGAGAGACAUCUAACUGUUUCAGGAGAGCAAAGAGCUGCACUGCUGAAGAUGGUUUGCUUUUUUCUAGUGAAUCUCAUUCUUCUAAGGGCAAUUGUCGAAUCCUCACUGGAGGGUGUGCUUUUAAAAAUGGGUAGGUGCUAUCUUGAUGGAGAAGACUGCAAAAAGAUCGAGCAGUACAUGAGUGCAUCUUUUCUGUCAAGGUCGUGCCUUUCAUCGCUUGCAUUUCUAAUCACAAGCACAUUCCUUGGAAUAUCUUUUGAUCUGUUGGCUCCGAUACCUUGGAUUAAAAGAAAAAUACAAAGGUUCCGGAAGAAUGACAUGCUUCAACUUGUUCCAGAACGAAAUGAAGACUAUCCAUUGGAGAAUCAGGAUGAUGAUAGUUUAAGUAGACCUCUGAUUUCAGGACAAAAUCUUUCAGAUUAUCCUAUGAGCAAAACAUCACCAAUGCCAAAGCAGGCAUUUGAUUUUGCACAGUAUUACGCUUUCAAUCUGACUAUAUUUGCCUUGACCAUGAUUUAUUCAUUGUUUGCGCCACUCGUGGUUCCAGUUGGUGCUGUUUACUUUGGAUACAGAUACGUUGUUGAUAAGUAUAAUUUCCUAUUUGUAUAUAGAGUUCGAGGGUUUCCAGCAGGGAAUGAUGGAAGGCUGAUGGACACUGUAUUGUGUAUAAUGAGGUUCUGUGUGGAUCUGUUUCUACUUUCAAUGCUUUUGUUCUUUUCAGUGAGAGGAGAUUCCACUAAGCUGCAAGCUAUAUUCACACUGGGAUUGUUGGUAAUGUAUAAGCUGAUGCCUUCAAAUGAUGAUAUGAAUCAGCCUGCGUUAUUGCAAGGCUUACAAAGUAUUGAUAAUGUUAUAGAUGGGCCUAUCGAUUAUGAGAUUCUGUCGAAGCCUAUGUUUGAAUGGGAUACCUUUAACUUGUGAUUGUAUUGUUGGUUGCCCGUGUAGAUUGUAACUUGAAUAUCAUAUUGAAAUUUCAGGUAUGUGCAUUUACACUUGUUGUUUUAACC